CGUAGUUUAACGGUUACCUUGUAUGGAAUAAUACUGCAUAUAUUUCAAUUGUGCGUAAAUUUUUGAAAGUUUAAGGAAAUGUAUGAUGAUAGUAAUAAUACAAAUAAAGAUACUUUUUCAGAACCUCGAAAAAAAUUUUGGCUGCGAACAAGAAAACGACCAAAAAGUGAUGCUAUCAGUAUCAGUUCAAUGGACAUAUCUAUUGAAUCAGAUGUAAUAAAAAAGAAAAAGAGAAGAAGGAUUACAGAAGUAGCCAGCAGCAUUUUUUCCUCUUCUACUCUAAGUAAUAAACAAGGAAAUAGUAUUCAUAGAUCUUUCACAAUUCAACCAAAUGCAACAGACUUAUCAUUUGUGAAUAAUGAAACAAAUACAGGAACAUUAAAAAUAAAACACAAGAAAAGUAUUGAAAAUUCUAAUAAUUUUACACUUAGAAGCUGGGUAGUUGAUGUGGCAAACACAAGUACUAAGGAUAGACCUAAUUAUGUUCUAAACAGAAAAGAAGUAAAAAAACAAGAAGCAAUUUAUGAAUUGUAUUGUGGAGAAAAUGUAUUCAUUAAUGAUUUAUGUGUUCUCAAAGACUUUUAUUAUGAACCACUAAUAAACAGUAAUAUUUUUACUCCUGAUGAAUUAAAUAUAAUUUUUGGAGAUAUAACAAAUCUUAUUGAAAUACAUAGUAGAUUAAAAGAUGAAUUAAUUGAUUUAAGAGAUAAAUAUGGAUUUACAGAAACUGUUGGAUCUACAAUAUUAAAUUGGAUUCCAAUAUUAACAAAACCAUACUUAGAAAGAUGUAGAACACAAAUAUGGGCAAAACAUUUAUUAGAUGAAAAAAGAUUAACAAACAAACGAUUUCAAUCAUUUUUAAAAAAACGUUUAGAAUCUCCACAUUCUGUAGAUUUAUGGACUUAUAUAGAUGUAGCAAGAUCAAGAAUUGUUAAAUAUCCUUUAUUAAUUAAAGAAAUGUUAAGGCAUACUGCAGCAACACAUAUAGAUCAAACAUAUUUAAAAGAAGCAUAUGAUUUAAUAUGUAAUCUACUUAAAAAUAUAGACAAAAUUAUGGGAGAUGAGGAAUGCAAGUUGGCUCAAUCAAAAAUUAAUAUAAAACCAGAUUAUGAUCCUACCAAAUGCAUUGAAAAUGCGACUGAAUUAAUUACUCAAGGACAACUUAAAGAUAUAAGGGGAAUGAAAUUUCAGUGUUUUCUUUUUGACACGGCUUUUGUAAUAACUCGUGGUACAAGAUCUAUAAGUAAGAAGUAUAACUUAUUUUGUCCUGUUAUACCUAAAGAGCAGAUUUGCAUAAGUACAGAUGAAAAAUCUGAUAUAACUUAUGGAUUUAAAAUUGGAGAUCAUAUUUUAAUAACAGAAGAUGACCAUGGAAAAAGACAUUGGAUUGAUUCAUUUAAUAAAAUUUAUAAAUGCAAUAUUAAUUCACUAGAAAAUGUAAUUAAUAUCAAUGAAAAAGAAAAUGAAGAAAUUUUGACUCCAUCAAAAAUAAAUCGAUCCUCUAGAUUAUCUAUAAAUAAAAUAAGUGAAAAUCAUCUUUCAUUAACAUUAAAGAGGAGUUUUUUAAAACGCAAACGUAGCAGCAUUGGCAACAUUAUAAUAUAAUUUUAAAUUUCAUUUUGAAUUAUUUCCUUAUAUUCAAUAUUAUAUACAAUACUAUAAUAAAUACUAUAAAUAAAUAUAAAGAUUUAGGUCAUCAAAAAAAUAUUAUAUUUAAUCAUAAUAGAAAUAUUUUUUGUAUUUUAAAUUUGAUUACUAAAUUAUUUCUCUCAAUGUUUUAAAUAUUACAUUCAAUUUAAAACAAUUUUGUUUAUAUUAACAAGUACGAGUACUUACCUAUGUAUUAUUUACAUAUUUUGAAAAAUAUAUUAUAGGUGCUAUAAAAUUAAAAAUAUAUAAAUAUAUAUAUAAAUAUAUACAUAUGCUAAUGUACGAAUUAAAUAUUACUUCUAAUAAAUAUGUACAAAUAUUUUUGAUACUAAUGUAAAUUAAAAAGAAAUAUAUCAAUUGGUGUAAAUGCAAUUUAUAUGUAAUCUUAUAUAAGUAUGUACAUUUAUAUUUAAAAAUAAAAUUAUUUUUGUAUGAAUAUCUUAAAACAAACAUAUGAAAAUCGGAAAUUUAUAUUCAAAUUUUAUUAAAUACAACUUCAUUUUGUAUUGUAUUCAUUUGUAAUAAAAUAAUUAUCCACAUA